AUGGUUAAAGCUUUGAAAUAUUACAUUGUUGAAACAAAACAAAAAAGUGGUUCUAGUAACAAAUUAUGUUACUGCAAAGCCUGCUUUAUUAAACUUGGUGAAAACAGCAAUGAAUUAAAAACAAGAGUAGAUAAAACUGAAC